UCCGCCCCUUCAGGUGCGGGAAGUCUGAAGCCGGCAAACAUGGCCGUCACCUACUGCUUCAGCCGGCUUGCGACUGCGUUGGUAGCGGUGUUGCUCUUGUCCUUCGGCAGCGUGGCCGCUAGUCAUGUCGAGGAUCAAGCAGAACAAUUCUUUAGAAGUGGCCAUACAAACAACUGGGCUGUUCUGGUGUGUACGUCCCGAUUCUGGUUUAAUUAUCGACAUGUUGCAAAUACUCUUUCCGUUUAUAGAAGUGUCAAGAGGCUAGGUAUUCCUGACAGUCACAUUGUCCUAAUGCUUGCAGAUGAUAUGGCCUGUAAUCCUAGAAAUCCCAAACCAGCUACAGUGUUUAGUCACAAGAAUAUGGAACUAAAUGUGUAUGGAGAUGAUGUGGAAGUGGAUUAUAGAAGUUAUGAGGUAACUGUUGAGAAUUUUUUACGGGUAUUAACUGGGAGGAUCCCACCUAGUACUCCUCGGUCAAAACGUCUUCUUUCUGAUGAUAGAAGCAAUAUUCUAAUUUAUAUGACAGGACAUGGUGGAAAUGGUUUCUUAAAAUUUCAAGAUUCUGAAGAAAUUACCAACAUAGAACUUGCGGAUGCUUUUGAACAAAUGUGGCAGAAAAGACGCUACAAUGAGCUACUAUUUAUUAUUGAUACUUGCCAAGGAGCAUCCAUGUAUGAGCGAUUUUAUUCUCCUAACAUAAUGGCUCUAGCUAGUAGCCAAGUGGGAGAAGAUUCACUCUCGCAUCAACCUGAUCCUGCAAUUGGAGUCCAUCUUAUGGAUAGAUACACAUUUUAUGUCUUGGAAUUUUUGGAAGAAAUUAACCCAGCUAGCCAAACUAAUAUGAAUGACCUUUUUCAGGUGUGUCCCAAAAGUCUGUGCGUGUCUACUCCCGGACAUCGCACUGAUCUUUUUCAGAGGGAUCCUAAAAAUGUACUGAUAACUGAUUUCUUUGGAAGUGUACGGAAAGUGGAAAUUACAACAGAGACUAUUAAUUUGCAACAGGGUUCAGAAAUCAUGGAAAGCAGCUAUAAGGAAGACCAGAUGGAUGAGGAAGCAAUGGAACCUCUGAAAUAUGCUGAACAACUUCCUGUAGCUCAGAUAAUACACCAGGUAGAGAAACUAUACAAGGAAAAGAUGGUGCAUUAUACAGUGAAGAAAAUGAAUGAAAUUACUCAUGCCCAACGCAUUCUGUUUUCCUCGUGGGAUGGUUUUGACUUACAAUGUAAUAAGAAACCAAAGCUGAAAGACUGGCAUCCUCCUGGGGGCUUUAUUCUGGGAUUAUGGGCACUUAUUAUCAUGGUUUUCUUCAAAACUUACGGAAUUAAGCAUAUGAAGUUCAUUUUUUAGAUUUGAUGAUGAGUGAAGAAAGCAUGGAAGACUGCAACCUUGGAUAAUAAUUUAUGUCAUUAUAUAUUUUUAAAAAUGUGUUUCUCUUGUGUGAAUUGGAAAUAAGUAUAAGGAGUCAACUAUUAAUUUUAUAACUUAAAGAAAAAUAAUUGUUAAUGCAAUUGCUUAAUGGCACUAAAUAUAUUCCAGUUUUGUAUUUUGUGUAUUAUAAAAGCAAAUGGAACAAAGAGAUCAGAAUACAUUGAUUGUUUUUGAAAAUAGUAAUUUCCCCUUAUCCCAAAAAAUUGUGAAGACGUUAAAUUCUCACUGACAGAGGUAACUUCGGUUAAUUAUUUUCUGUAUCUCCUCCUGAUCUUUUGACUUAUGCACAUAUUUUUUCCCAAUAUGGAGAUCAUAUGGAAUAUACUAUUUUGUAAUAUCUUUUUUCAUCUUACAAUAUAUUAUCAACCUUUUCCCUCUCAAAAAUACAUUGUGAAUAACUGCAUAGUAUCCACUGUAUGAAUAUUUAAUUCAUUUCACAGUCUUCUAUUGUUUGACCACUUACAUUGUACCAAACAUUUUCCUUUGGUUUAUUCUUUAAUGUAUUAAUAUUUUACUGCUGUUCACUCAUGGAAUCCUACAACUUUAAUUAAAAGCAAAGAUGAAAAAUUGGUUUUUUAAUCUAUGGCACUGACAGUCUCCAGGACCUUAUAUGUUGUCAGUUUAUUUGGGAAAUUUUAGACCUUUGAUAAUUUCAUUUAUUGACUGCUCAAGAGAAACAUACCCAAUUAUUUUUCAUUUGUAAGCAUUCUGUGAUCUUCUCGAAUUGGUCACCUCCUCUUCAUUUUCCACCUUGAAAGAGAGAGCCAACAAGGACUUUAUUUCAUUCUGUUUAAGGUAAACCUUGCCCACUGUCUGUAUCUAUACUUUCCCUGAGAAAAAUCCCAUAAAGUGGAUGGACCUGCGAAGAAAAUGUAUGCUUAUGGCCUAGCCUUCAUGUCUGGCUGAUGUAUUCUAUAAGGCAGUAAGGCCUUUUUCUGGUCUCUGAUAAGAUGCAAGAGCUCAUAUCCCCAUCACUGACAUUUUAGCUUGGAAAUAAUAUUGAGGCUGUGCUAUGACCAACCCCUGAUAUUGUUUUUUCUUUUCAAACUUUUGCAUAUGAGUAUAGGAAAAGCCUAAAAGUUCAGCAUUUAUGUCUGGAGGGAUACCUUCAAAUGUCUUACCUGUUUUAUGCAAGAACUUAUGUGUCCAUCUUUAUUCAGUGCAAAGAUCUGUUUUAUAAUUUUGUUUAUGAUGUAGGUAACAUUAAGAAGACAACUCUUCCUCCACAAGAAAACCUCCUAAAUAUUCCUUAAGAUUUGUUUUUCCUUUUGCACUUAAAAUAUUACCUUUUAAUUGCAUGCAAGAUUGUCAUACUUUUCACAGGCGAAGGAUUGACUGUGUUAUCUCCCUAGUUAGAACAAAUGAUAUUGAGGCUUUUUGCCAGCUCUGAAUCUUUAUUUUAAUUGAUCUUUUGAUUGGUGUCUUAUAUAAAUGAGGAAGGAAAAUUUUGUCUGAUUAUGUGAAGGAUCUUUCUGUAGGUGAAAAGAAGGGAAAAUAAACUUGAAAUUGAAUAGA